CCAAUUUUAUUGCUUUUUAUUUUUAAGUUCCUGUGAAUAUGCCUAAAACUAAAUUAUUUGACAGUACACAUUUUUCAGUUGUACCAACAUUUACAUGAUGAAUUUAACCGUAUGUUCACGUUGGCAUAUGUUCGCAAAGUUAAGCAGGCCUUUCACUUCCGUCUAUAAUUUUUCAACAAUGCUCUCAAAACAAGUUUUAGAAGAAAAAAUAAAAGAACAAGGUGAUCUUAUAAGAAAAUUGAAGUCUGCCAAAGAGUCGAAAGAAAAAAUCACCGAAGAGGUAACCAAACUUCUUGAAUUAAAAUCACAGUUAGUUGGAGAGGAUGAUGAAAUCUGUGGUAAUCAAAAGUUCACCCUUAAAACACCCAAGGGCACGAGGGAUUUUGCCCCUGACCAAAUGGCUCUUAGAUUAAAUGUGGUGGAUAAAAUUGUGUCAGUAUUUAAAAAACAUGGAGCUGUGACUAUUGAUACUCCUGUCUUUGAAUUAAAAGAAGUGUUAACUGGAAAAUAUGGUGAAGAUUCUAAGCUUAUUUAUGAUUUAAAAGAUCAAGGAGGCGAAAUACUGUCUCUUCGCUAUGACCUCACUGUACCUUUUGCAAGAUAUCUUGCAAUGAAUAAGAUUACAAACAUCAAACGUUACCAUAUUGCAAAGGUAUAUAGAAGAGAUAAUCCUUCAAUAACUAAAGGAAGAUACAGAGAAUUUUAUCAGUGCGAUUUUGAUAUAGCUGGUGCCUAUGAUCCCAUGAUACCAGAUGCUGAAUGUGUAAAAAUUGUCUAUGAAAUUCUGUCUACCUUAAAUAUGACUCCAUUUGUAAUAAAACUUAAUCAUAGAAAAUUGUUAGAUGGCAUUUUAGAAGUAUGUGGAGUUCCUUUGGAUAGUAUAAGAGCCACAUGUUCAGCUAUUGAUAAAUUGGAUAAGUCUCCUUGGGAAGAAGUAAGGAAAGAAAUGAUAGAAGAGAAGAAUCUUUCAUCAGAGUCUGCAGAUAAAAUUGGUGAAUAUGUAAGGCUAAAUGGUAAGAUGGAUUUAGUAGACAAAUUAAUGGCAGAUGAAGUUCUCAACAAAAAUAAAAAUGCUUUAGAGGGUUUAGAAGCUAUGCAAGUACUACUUAAAUAUUGUGAAUUAUAUGACACAUCAGAUAAAAUUAUUUUUGAUUUAAGUCUAGCUAGAGGUCUAGAUUAUUAUACAGGGGUAAUUUAUGAAGCAGUAUUACAAAAGGACGAACUAGCCAAAGAUGAGAUAUCAGUUGGAUCUGUAGCUGGAGGAGGAAGAUAUGACAGUCUGGUAGGGAUGUUUGAUCCUAAAAAUAAACAAGUACCUUGUGUAGGUGUCUCUAUUGGAGUAGAAAGACUUUUUGCAAUAAUGGAAGCAAAACAAGCAAGUUCAAACAUAAAACAACGUACAACAGAAAUUGAAAUCUAUGUUGCAACUGCCCAAAAGAAUCUCUUUGAAGAAAGAAUGAAACUCUGCAAUGAACUCUGGAAUUAUGGUUUUAAAGUAGAACAUUCUUACAAGAAAAAUCCAAAACUUUUAGCUCAAUUACAACAUUGUGAAGAUAACGGCAUUCCUUUUGCUCUUAUUUUAGGAGAGAGUGAAAUUAAAAAUGGAAUCGUGAAAUUAAGAGAUGUAACCAGCAGACAAGAAUUAGAAAUCAAGAGGACAAAUUUGGUGGAGGAGAUCAGAAAUCGGUUACAAAAUAUACAAUUAAAUGGAUCUAAAUAACAAUUUUUACUGUUUGUUUAUUUAUUUAUUUAUACAAUAGGCUAGUAAAUGAAAGCACAUUUUUCCAGUUACCUACACAUUUGUUGACGCUUUUUAGUAAUAAAAUAUUUUGUUCAUA